GCCAGCAGCACAUUCUGGCUGUAUGGGUAGCUUUGGCUGGCAGGCUAGUCUACGUCUGCAGCAAUAACGAACCAUUUAGCGUUUUUAUAUCUAGACCCCAGCACCACCGUUAACACGACAUUGGUAAACUAAACAAUCUGCGCUUGUUGCAGUGGUUACAGCUAGUGCCGUUAGCAUCGGCAGCUAGCUUUAGCUUGGCUCCAGCAGUGAGAAACCAAAACAGAGCUAACAGAAGCUAGCCGGAGCUAACGCUGGCUAUCAGGUUGAGAGUUUGACAACAUGGCGACAGAGGAAAAGAAACCAGAGACAGAAAACAUCAAACAGCCUUCUUCAUCAUCAGGAUCGGGAAGCAAGUCUAACCCGGCUAAACCAAAUUACACAGUCAAGUUCACAUUGGCCGGGCACACAAAGGCUGUCUCCUCUGUCAAGUUCAGCCCUAAUGGAGAAUGGCUUGCCAGUUCCUCUGCCGACAAGCUGAUAAAGAUUUGGGGAGCUUUCGACGGAAAGUUUGAGAAAUCCAUCGUUGGACACAAACUGGGGAUCUCUGAUGUCUCCUGGUCUUCAGACUCUAAUCUGUUGGUUUCUGCCUCAGAUGACAAAACACUCAAGAUCUGGGACAACAACUCGGGGAAGUGUCUGAAGACUCUGAAAGGACACAGUAACUAUGUCUUCUGCUGCAACUUCAAUCCUCAGUCCAACCUGGUGGUGUCAGGAUCGUUUGAUGAGAGCGUUCGUAUCUGGGACGUGAAGACCGGGAAGUGUCUGAAGACUCUACCAGCUCACUCUGACCCCGUCUCUGCUGUUCACUUCAACAGAGACGGCUCUCUCAUCGUCUCCAGCAGCUACGAUGGUCUCUGUCGAAUCUGGGACACAGCAUCAGGACAGUGUCUAAAGACUCUGAUUGAUGAUGACAAUCCCCCAGUGUCCUUUGUCAAAUUCUCUCCGAAUGGAAAAUACAUCCUCGCUGCCACACUGGACAACACGUUGAAGCUUUGGGACUACAGCAAAGGAAAGUGUUUGAAGACAUACACCGGCCAUAAAAACGAGAAGUACUGCAUCUUUGCCAACUUCUCUGUCACAGGAGGGAAGUGGAUCGUGUCGGGCUCUGAGGACAGUAUGGUUUACAUCUGGAAUCUUCAGACCAAAGAGAUUGUUCAGAAACUACAAGGACACACAGACGUAGUGAUCUCGACCGCCUGUCAUCCAACAGAAAACAUCAUCGCUUCAGCCGCUUUGGAAAACGACAAAACCAUCAAACUGUGGAAGAGUGACUGUUAGACUGAAGGAGAGCAGAGCCUGAACUGUCCUCACCUGCCCUAUUUAACUCCACAGAUUAUUACGGAAGAUCCACACAAACAGCUUAAUCUCCACUGAUGUGAACAAACGCAGAGUCAUGAACACACAGUCAGACCAGGGCUCACGCUGUCCCACUAUCAGCACUUCCUUUGGAGUUAAAACUCUGUCAGGAACUCAAAGGGACAAAAUAACUGACCUUUUCUGAAAGAUUUUUGUUGUUUAAAAAAAAUAUAAACCUUUUUAAGGUUAAAAUAUUUAUGUAUUUUGUUAGUUUUUUUGUAUAAUCCAAACAUAUUCAUUAAAAAGCUACCGAGCUAUAAUGUUUCAAAGCCACAGAGAAGUAGAAAAAGAUGCCAAAUCAAUGAGUGUGGGAUGAUUCUGUGUGGUGAAUUCAGCUUAUAUGAAUCUGAAGGUUUUGCUAUGUUUGUUUACGUACCACACAUUUUUGAGAAUUUAUUUCACUGCAAAACAGAGCUGAAGUCCUUAAACAUGACUUAGAGUUGUUUUCUUCAAAUAGUAGAACAACUAAAACCAGUUUUGUUUUCAAAAUAAAUACAAAAUGAAAAAGAAAUCUUGAGUUGAUGAAAUGAUAUACUUUCAAAAAAAAGGAAACCUAAGCCAAAAGAACUCUUUGUUAAAGAGUUUUUACAGACAAUAGACAGUUAAUCAGAAGCUUAAACUAUACUUGAUCUCCAAAAAAAGGAGAAAGUAAAGUAAAGGUCUGAGUAAACUGACAUUAAAAUCAACUUUUAUUUAAAACUCUUUUUCACAUAGAGAUUGGCCAUUCAAAAUGUGACAGAAAAUAUAGAAUAAAAAGGAAUUUUUUUUUUUUUUAAUUAAAGGAUGUUAAAUUUUGGACAUACCAUCACCCUUUGACCGAUCCGUUGCUGUAGUAACUGUGUGUUUAUGGCUCUCUGUCCCAGGAUCAUUUGAUCAAACAUAAAGCAGCAAUUCUUCAUCAAAUCGUCAUCCCACUGCUUGUACUGCUCCCUCAGACUACAAUCAGCUUAACGAGAUAAAAAAGAAUAAUGUUGAGAAGGAUUUUUUCAGUUAUUUGUAAAUAAAGAUUUUUGACU